GACUACACCCAAUCACAGCUCAGAAGGCGGGGCUUGAGUGAACUCAAGGAAAACUGGAGGAAAAACGUCCAGUGCUGGUUCUACCCUCUGUUUCUACUCUGGUUGUGAGUUUCAGGAGAUGCAGGAUCUCCACCUGUAAGAGCGAUGAACAGUGAAGAAGAGGACGAGAGGGUUGACAUGACGCCGGAGGAGCUGCAGCACUGGGUGCGGGAGCAGGUGGAGAAGAACGAGCAGCUGGUGCAGAGGCAAGCGCAGUUGGCGCAGGUGGAAGAGUGGGUGAAGCGGAAAGAACGGGAGGCAACAUACACCCAGUUGGUGUACAAUAACGCGUUCGACUCGGUGCUCAAGUGCGAGUCUUUGAUGAAGGGUUUGUAUGGAAUGCUGGGACUGGAGUAUCGAGACACAGACUCGGAGGAAGAAGGAGCGGAUGAACCGAUUGAAAACGUCCCUCAGACCACCGAUAAUUUUGAUCAUGUUAAGGACGGUAAUGAUUGCGGUGCUGCUGUUGACGGAGAUGACGACUAUGUCGUCAUCGAUUUGGGGGCGUCUGUUCCUGAAACAUCGGUGAAGGAGGAACUGAAGGAAGUCGGGCUUUCAGCAGACAUGAAUUCGGUGGGCACAUCAGUGGAGACUUUUGUGAAGGUGAAAAAAAUGGAGGAUGUCGACCUUCCAAGUGAAAUCAAACCAACAUCAACUCUGACGAAUGACGGAGCUUCUGACAAUCCCUUAACAACCAUAAAGACUUUGGGAAGCCCCAUACCAAUUAGUGAGCCACCGUCUUGUGAUUUGCCUGCUCAGGAAGAAGGUUCUCCUCCCGUUUCAUUGGAAUCAUCUAUCCCAAUGAACGAGACUGUUGAAACCCCUCCACCGACCACCAUUCCAGACACAGCGUCAGCAUCCACGAAUGAUACAAAUAGACUUGAGAAGCCCAGUGAAACAUCUGCACCUACGACGGAGACUGCUUCCACAGAGGAACCUGUGGUAACUACUCCAACAGCCACACUCCCAGUGAAAUCUGCAUCCAAAUCUUCAAAUACAUGCUCAACCGACAAGCAGAAACUUUCCUCUAAGUGUAAAAAAUCCAAAGCAUCUAAAACCUCAGCAAAGAAAAAUGAUACACAGGCCAGUCCCAAACCCAGCAGGACACCUUCAAGCACCAGCACACCAUCUAAAACCACAGUUCAAACUCAAUCCACAGAAAAUGCAAAGAGUAUCAACCCUAAGCAAGGUGACAACCCUGAGGAUAAAUCUCCUACCCCCUCCUGCUCUCCAUCUGGUACCUCAGACUCCAUAAGUUCAGACAAGACUUCCAACAAAACUACUUCAACCAAGCAAGCCGAUCCCAAAGAAGCCUUCCAGAAUUCUCCGACCACUCCGGCCGCUUCGACUACUCCCACCACAACCGCGACGCCUGUUAAAGUUCAGAAAGAGGUCACGCUGAAGGUUAACAUGAGUGUUCUUGGAAGGCGGAGGACUAAAACAUGGCACCAAGGCACCAUUUUAGACAUCAAAACAACUGAGUCUGGUCCUAGGUAUAAGAUCCUGUUUGAUAAUGGUAAAGGAAAGAGUGUUCUAUCUGCUCAUCACCUGGCAUGUGUGAACCCUCCUAUGCUAAAGGAUCUGUUUGUGGGGUGUCGAGUUGUAGCCUGCUACAGAGAAGAUAAACAGUCCUGGCUCCAUGCUGCGGUCGUGGCAGAGAUGCCUGACCGCAGGAAUCGAAUGAGGUUCUUGGUGUUUUUUGAUGAUAGCCGUCCAGCCUACAUCGCCCUGCCAGACCUCCAUCUGGUCUGUAAGCCAAUGAGCAACAUGUCUGAAGACAUAGAAGAUGAGGUGUGGCGUGCCGAGCUGGACGAAUAUCUGCAGGCGUAUCCAAACCCUGUUUUUGUAGUGAUGCGGGUGGGCCAGGAUAGCGUGGUGGAGCGUGGCGGUCAAAUGGAGGAGUGUACCGUCACUCAGCUGGAUGGUAGCUUGAUCCAGGUCUGCUACAGGAAAGAGGGGGAGAAAGAAUGGCUGUAUAAAGGCUCAAAUCGAUUAGAGCAAAUCCAAAAGAUCAAGAAGCGAAUAGCUGAGCAGAAGGAACAGGAUGUAAAUAAAGAUGGACGGAUUACACCUCAGAAGGGUACCACCGACACAAGCACCACCGCAAGCACCACCAUCGACACUCCAACUACCACCACCACCAAAACCAGCACCAGCACCACCAAAACCAGCACCACCACUGCUGCUUCCCAGGCAAAGGUUACCACGAAUGCUGAACCCUUAAAAACUUCUCCUGCUUCAAAUGUUCCUCAGAUCGCUUCUCCAGUCCCAACUUUGUCAAACCUGACAAAGGCAUUUGAGGGUCAUCCAAUAUCACAACCUAAAAUCGUCCUGAACAGAAUCGCUUUCCCGUCGCCUCUGACGACCGUGAAAACCACCACACACCCUGUGCCUUUGGGUACCACACCAUCUAACACAGGAACUAAACGCCCCUCUUCUGAGGAGGAGGACAACAGGUCACAGAAUGCUCUUCUCCCCGUUGUUGAGCCCCGGCUGAAGUAUGUACCUCAUCGCUGCUGCCCGGCUUGUCUGUAUAGCGUGAGGCCAAUCCAAAAGGAUCAGCACCGUGGCCAGAAUCCACUGCUCAUCCCCCUGCUCCAUGGCUUUCGCCGCAUGACCGCAAGACGGCGUCUAGACGGGAAGAUGUCUUUUCAAGUUUUCUAUCGCGCUCCCUGUGGGCGGAGCAUGUGCGCUAUGGAAGAGGUGCAGGCCUUCCUGUUUGAGUCACGCUGUGAUUUCCUGUUCCUGGACAUGUUCUGCUUGGACCCGUUUGUGCUGGUGAAAAGGGCCUUGCUCCCGUCCUCGAUGGUCAGCCAUCCUCGUUUGUUCCUGCCAGACAUAUCCGGAGGAAAGGAGGCGGUGCCCGUGCCCUGUGUUAAUGAGCUUAAUGAUGUCUCUCCACCCACUCUGACCUACACUAGUCAUAGGCUGCCCGCUUCUGGUGUCUUCAUCAACAACAACCUUGACUUCAUGGUGGGCUGCGACUGCACUGAUGGCUGCCGAGACAGAACCAAGUGCGCCUGUUACCAGAUGACCAUCGAGGCUACGUCGUUGUUCACCGGUGGUCCUGUGGAUGUCACCGCCGGAUACACACACAAACGGUUGCAACGUUACGUCCCCACUGGGGUGUACGAGUGUAACGCUCAAUGCCGCUGCGAUCCGUGGCUGUGUGGAAACCGACUGGUUCAGCACGGCCUUCAACUGCGCCUGGAGGUUUUCAUGACUCAGCACAAAGGUUGGGGCCUGCGUUGUCUGGACGAUAUGUCCAAGGGUACUUUCGUGUGCGUUUUCACAGGCAAAGUCGUGGACGAGACGUCACAUGGGGAAAGUGCCUUGGCUGGCAACGAGUAUUUGUUAAACCUGGACUACAUUGAAGGAGUGGAGAAACUGAAGGAGGGCUAUGAAAGUGAAGCUUACUGCUCGGAGACGGAGAGCGAGAAGAAGACUCUUGUAACCAUGACGACAGGGGCGUUACAGAAACAUAGGAUGUUCCAAGUGGACUCGAGUUCUAGCUGUGGUGAAGAGAAGGUAGAGGCAACCCAACAAAAGACAAAAACGAAAAGGAAGCUCGGUAACAAAGAGAGAAAAGCAAGAGAUGUUGAAUCAGAAGAUGAUGAUGAUGAUAUAGAUGAUGAGGAUUAUAAGAUCAGCUCGAACGAUGAUACGGGAGCCAAGUCAAACAGAAGCUACACCACACGGAGAAAGGCCAAGAUCCCAGAGAAGACAGAAUUGCAUAAUAAUAUCCAGACAUCUCCUAAAAUCUCAGAGAAGCAAACCGAGGUGACCUCUUCCAUGGCCAAGAAGAUGAGAAUAGAGGGUCCAGGAAGGCCAAAGACCGGAUUUGCCAAAAAGUCAACACGUUCUUUCGCCAUCAAGUCGAGUCAUAGGAGAGUGAAGCCACUAGCAGCACCUGAGCAAAGUGUUCAAGAAAAGAAAACGAUGCAUGACAGGAAGUGCACUCGGAGCCUGUUUAACGGGGAAAAGUCCUGCUAUCUCAUCGACGCCAAGCACGAGGGAAACCUGGCAAGAUUUAUUAACCAUAGUUGCAAUCCAAAUUUAUUCGUCCAAAAUGUUUUCGUGGACACACACGACCUUCGCUUCCCCUGGGUCGCGUUCUUCACCAGCAAGCGUAUCAGGGCUGGAACGGAGCUGAUGUGGGAUUACAGUUAUGAAGUAGGCAGUGUGGAGGGCAAGGUGCUGCUUUGCUGUUGUGGCUCGGCCGAAUGCUCCGGACGGUUACUUUGAGUUCCUCCAUGUAACGUCGAGAAACCUUUCAAAACUGACUGCUCGGUUUCUAAAUUAUAUCACACUCAACUGUAAAGGACCAAUGGAAACUGGAGAUUUGUGUAACAUGUUCUGUUUUGCAAUUUGUAUUCCGGAACUGAAGUCUGGUUGUAAACAGCAUGAUUUUAACGUGUUUUAAUCAGUUAAACGUCUAAUAAGUUGAAAAAUGUUGUUUGUUGUACUUGUUAAUAAAACAGUUGAAAUCUG